AUUCACCUGUGUGUUACCUGACAGGUGAAAAGCAAACUUCCGGUUGUAAUGUCCAGAUAUAUUUGUAUAGUGUAUAAGUUGAGUUAAUGACAUAUUAUCAUGUCAGAAGAGGACCACUAUGAUUAUAUUUGGAAAGUUGUGUUAGUAGGUGAUUCUGGUGUAGGAAAGACAAAUCUACUGUCAAGAUUUACACGCAAUGAAUUUAACGCUGAGAGUAAAAGUACAAUAGGUGUAGAAUUUGCAACAAGAAAUGUAAAUAUUAAAGGAAAGACAAUCAGAGCACAAAUAUGGGAUACAGCAGGUCAAGAGAGAUACAGGGCAAUAACCAGUGUAUAUUAUCGAGGUGCAGUGGGAGCUUUAGUUGUAUAUGAUAUCACAAAACAGAACACAUUUGAUAGCUUACAGAAAUGGCUAGAAGAAUUACGUGAACAUUCCGAUCCUCAUUGUAAUAUUAUGUUAGUGGGCAAUAAAACAGAUUUAAAUCAUCUUAAAGAAGUUAUGCAAGAAGAGGGCAGAGCAUUUGCAGAAAAAGAAAGAAUUUCAUUUGUUGAAACAUCAGCACUUGAUGCCUCUAAUGUUGGAGAAGCUUUCAAUAAUCUUUUAGUGGAUAUAUACAAAACACAAGUAGAAGAUCAGCCUAGUCCACCACCACCUAAAGAAAGCAAUCGAAAACUUGAACUUCCAGAAGAUACAACACCACAGCAAUCAGACUGUAGUUGUUGAAACUAUUGCAUUAAUAUAUGUGAUACAUAUUGUCUCUUCUUUCAGCAGCUAUAAGAACCAUAAAAUACCCAUCUGGAAAGUUUUAAUUUGAGCGUGACAAUACAUAUCUUCCAUACUAGAGGGUAGAAACUUCAAAUUUCCCAUUUUGUUUUUAAACCAUUCAUGAGCUUUCAGAUUUUUAACAGAAUGUUGCAUGGAGAAAUCUAAAAGCUACAGAAAUGGUAGCACCAUCAGUCCACUCAAGUGGUUGUGAAGUAUUUCCAAAACAUUUAUGGGAUAUCAGUGUAUUGAUUAGGAAGUGUUGUCUAGAUUUUUUGUAAUUAGAUGUUAAGGAAGAAAAAUAGGUUAUGUUAAAAGACAGCAUUGCAUUAAUAGUACUUACCGGUAUUUAUAUUACAUGUCCAGAAGACUAAAACUGUGCUUGAAAAAUUAUCAAGGGAGACAACAAAUUUUAAACGGUAAAUACAAUUUUUGAAAAUCUACAAGAUACAUGGAUGCCAAGAGCUGAUUAUCCAAUUCAUCCAUCCAUGUAGCAAACUGGUUGAUCUUGGAAUAUUCAACAAGGUUUGAAAAUUGGGGAUUACAAAAAUCUUUCAAAAAUUUUAUUUCCUGAAGCCCCUGAAAAAAUGUGGACUGAAUUGAACACUGGCUAAAAUUAUCUGGUGAAAUCUUGAAUUUAAAAAUGUGCUUUUUCUUCUCUGAAAUGGCUUUUUAUAUACAUUAUAUAAUAAGUUUAAACAAAAUAGUAAGAUUAAAUGGCAUAGAUAUUUCUAUCUGUGUCAUUCUGUUUUUUUAACCAUUACACUAUGUACAUAUUAUGUUAUAACUUUUAGAGGAGAUAACAAAAAAUAAAACAAAAUUCUUUAUUAAAUGUUUGCAAAUAACAUGUUUUACAUUAUGAACAAGAAAAGAAUGUAUAAUUUUUUUUAAAUUUAAGGCACUUUACAGUGAAAUUGUAAUAAUAUUAUGUAAUUUUAUAUUUUGGUUAAUUUCUAAUUUAGAUUACAUAUUAGUUUAUCAAAGAAUACCUUAAUUUCAUAAAAAAAUAUUCUUGCUGUAUUGCUGUGAUGAUAAAUUUUCAUACUCUAAGACAAUUCGAUAAAUUUCAGAUGUGGUACCUUUUCUGCACAAUGAAGCCAAUGUUUAAAAUGUGUUAAAGAUGUAUUAUGUAAGAGCUUAAUCUGCAUAUUGCAGGUCUCUUUUCUGCCUUCAAAUGUUAUAUAAGAUUCUAGCCGUUGACCUGGCAUAGCACGGGUAUAGCCAUAAAACAGAGGAAGCAUAACUCUGUAACCGGAACUGGUAGUCCAUCGCCACCGGAAGUAUGUUACUCCCUGCUCCAAGCUACCCCUAUACCCCAAAUUUCAGCCUCGGGACAGACCUAAUGUAGCCACCAAACCUAAACAGACAGACAAACAAACGAGUAUAUAUAUAUAUGCAUAUCAGUUCUCCAUAGGUUUCUCCAAAGAAUUUAGAAUAGUGGUAUUAAUAUACAUAUGUAUAAAAUAUAUUACCAUAACUCCUAAAUGAAAGAAUAAAUGAAAUGGAGUUUUAUAGAUUAUCGAGACAUUUAUUCAUGUGACAAGUUUAUAAUCAACUCCAUUGACCAUUAGAUGGCUGAGAUAUUGAAUGGAUUAGACAAUGUGCACUGUAUGUUCGUUACAGGUUAAUAUGGACGCCACUCAGGGAGACUGCCGAUUGAAAGAAUAAUAAUUGAGACUUUGUCUAUUAUCAUAGCAAUGGUAUUUGCAAUUGAAACUUCAAACAUUCAUAAUUUUGCCCAGAAUAAAGUAAUUUGACUAGAUUUUUUAACAUAUUCGUUUUUCAUUAUCUAUAUUAAAACUACUAUAGCAAGAAUGGUCAGCUCUUUUUCUAUAUCUUACAUAAUGUAUCUUUAAGGUGUGUGGACACUUUUAUUGUUAAAGCAAACAGGAAGACUAAAUCAUAUUCAGAUACAUCAAGUGUUAUAGAUUUCUGUUACUUAUAUUUGUUGUGAAAUUAUAUACGGUUCUGGUAGUUUUAAAUCAAAAGUUUUUAUGUUUCAAAAAUCAAUCAAAUGAAUAUUAUUUACCUUGGAUUUUCUUAAUAGUAUUAUAUAGAAAUGGUGUAUUAUAACGUCCAAGCAUAAUUUAUAAUAAAACCUAACACAUUGCAUUUUUUUGUUUUAUUAAUUGUACUCAAUAUAUAUUUAUGGAUUAUGGAAACUAGUUUGAAGUUAUUGAACAUAUCAAGAUAAAUAUGGAUUCCUAUAACCUUUACCUUUAUAUUGUACUACUUACUGGCCAAUACCUUAAUCCAAUUAAAAUUAUACCAGUAUGCCUACCAUGUAUCAUAAACUGCAUUUUUGAAUCCCAAAGAAAUGUCAUGGGUAACCACAGUGUUAGAUUGGAGAAACCAUCUAAGUUUGGAUUGCACUGCAGUUCUUUUAAAAUUAAUACCAAGAUAGUUUUUCUAGAAAAUAUUAAAAAGACCAAUCUUGAGAUCAUCUUGGUGAUUUGAAUUUAAAAGACAGUGUAUUCCUAGUUAGCUGUGGUUAUCAAUGUUUUUUUUACUUAACAUUUAUCUCACUAAGGGCUAUACAGUAGAUUUAUUUUAGAAAAUAACUGGGGGGUUUUGAAUAAUGGUCAUUUUAAUAUGCUUUCAUGAAUAAUAGAUUAUCUAGACUUAAUACUGUAUUUUACGCUUAGAUGGAAAUUUUAAAAUAUGGUAGCAUAGAUAGUCUGCCUGUAAAUAUUGUUAUUAUUUUAAGUGCCUAAUUUAAUAGUAAAUUCAAUUUUUGUAUAUGUGUAGAUUUAAUUUUUUUCAUUGUUUAGAUGUUUAACCAAUGGUCAAAUUCAUGGAGAUUUAUAAUCUGGCUUUUUUUAGGCAGUGUGAAUAAUAUAUUUUUUCUUCACAUUUAGUGUGUAUGGAAUAUGAAUUGCUUUGAGCUUUUGAAAAUAGAAAUUAAUUUAAAAAUUGCAUUGCCAAUAAAGCGGUACCUGUGUGCAGUAUAUUUUGGUUAAAAAACAAUACCAUAGUCUGUCUAUAUUCUGUAUUAAUUAAAAAGAUUUUAAAAGAAAUUGGUCAAAAGAUCUAUCUUCAUCUUAUAAGGGCAACAAAUCAUGAUUUAAAUAAAUCUCAUUUAGAUUUAGAAUCUCUUAGCAUGACGAGAAAUUGUAUUAACAUACUAUAUAUAUAUUUAUGUAUAUCUAUCUUAUUAUUCUACACCUUUUCUUCAAUCAUUCCUAUAUAUUGAUCUUAAGAGUGCUUUUUUAAUAAUUCUUUAACAUUUUAAAUUUGAUGGGGUAUUUUCAAUGACAUUGCUUCCCUGCAUUCCAUAUUACUGCCUGAAAUUUUUCUCAAAAAAAAGAUUGGAUUUUCCUAUAACUGAAAUGACUUGUUUACAUUGAUUGUGUUUUAAUGUAGUGGAUAUAAAUGUGCUUCAUCCUGAUACAAAUGAUGUAAUAACUUUAUUUAUGAAUAUGAAUAACAUUAAUGUUAAUGAUAAUUUUCAGGAAUAUAAUCAAUUCUAAAAAGUUGAUAUAAAUAAAUCAGUAAUGCAUUCCCAAUAUCUGUUUUGGUCAAUCAGUUAUACAUUAGUAUUUAUUAUAUUAAAUGGAACAGAAAGUGCGUUUUAGUCUGUGCUCAGUGUUAUGCUAUAAAGAUUAUUGUAACAUGGAUGGGAAAUCUUCCUUUGUUCUUUUCAUUGAAUAAGCGAUUGUUUUCCCUGUAGAAGAUUGGGUGGAGCUUAACCGUGCAAUAACUAGACAUGUUCAAUUUUAUUGCACUCUUUUACUGGUUUACACUAGUUUUAGUAGAAAUCAUAUAGAGAAGUGGGGUGGGUUUUCUGUGUAAUAACAAUAAGCAUGUUGAGCAGGUGUCAAUGUUACAAGUCAUUUAUAGCAUGCUUCAUUCGUUAACAGGUUUAACAUCUUGACCUAUAAAUAUAACUUAAUUUUUACAUAUAGUCUAUUAUUACAUAUAUUGAUAUAUAUAUAGCACUCUUAAAAUAUUUACCUUUAAUACAUCCACAUUAAAUGUGGGUAUAUAUAUUGUCCUCCUCCCCAUCAUCCAUCCAUAAUUAUUUGUGAACACUCCACAGGUCAAAGUUCAUUUUCAAAUUUACAACUAGAAAAUUAUAUACUAUUUCUGUAUAUAUUUUGCUACAUUAAAGAGAAUUAUUUUAAAUCAUUAUAAAUUCUACUUAAUAUGUGUAAUGAUAUAGAUGUAAUGGUAAUAUGUUGUGGCCUUUAUUAUCUUUAUACAUUAUUCUAUAUUUUACCAUUAACUUUAGAAGCUUGGUUGAGGUAUAUAUUAUAUAUAUUAAGAAGUUGUAAUAUUUCCCCCCACCCCCUUUAUUAUAUACUGUAAUUUUAUAGUCUUAUAUUGUAUAAUUAUACAUGUAUAUAUAUAUAAAA